GAGAGAGAGAGAGAAAGAGAGAGAGAGAGAGAGAGAGAGAGAGAUGGUGCAUUUUGUUCUAGUACAUGGUUUAUGCCAUGGAGCAUGGUGUUGGUACAAGGUUAAGCCGCUACUGGAGAGUGCGGGACAUCGAGUGACGGCGGUCAACCUUGCUGCUUCAGGGAUCAACAUGGCUAAAAUACAUGAGAUCCAUACCAUGUCCGAUUAUACACAACCUUUAAUAGAGUUGAUGGAGUCACUUCCUCCAGGAGAGAAGGUAACCCUAAUGGGACACAGCUUGGGUGGCUACAAUUUGGCUCUUGUCAUGGACAUGUUUCCUCAAAUGAUAUCCGUAGCUGUCUUUCUCACAGCUUUCUUGCCCGAUUGUACACAUUCCCCCUCCUAUGUCAUGGAUGAGUUGAUGGAGAGGAACCCAGCAGGAUUUUGGUUAGAUAGUCACCUUUCAUCUGAUCUGGACCCCGUGAAGCCAAAAACCAUAACGAUAUUUGGCUCCAAAUGCUUGACCACCAAGAUCUAUCAACUCUGCUCCGCACAGGACUUGGCACUAGCAAAGAUGAUGUUAAGGCCUGGUUCCUCGUUCCAAGAAGAUUUAAAAAAGAGGAAGGAAUUCUCUAAAGAGGGAUAUGGCUCCGUUAAUCGAGUUUACAUUGUAUGCAAAAAAGAUUUAUUAAUUACGGAAGAUUUCCAGCGUUGGAUGAUUGGGAAUUAUUCAGUUAAAGAGGUGAUGGAGAUAGAGGAUGCUGAUCAUAUGGCUAUGAUGUCAAGCCCAGAUGAAUUGUGUCGUUGUCUUUUGGACAUUGCCAACAAAUAUAAUUGAUUUGGUCUCGCCCUGUUACUGCUACUCAGUGGCACCUUCAUGUUGUGAACAUUGAUGCUUUCCCCUUCUUUACCUUUCAUGAAUAAGGUUAAAAGUUGUUAUGGGCAGAAGUAAAUAAGAUAGGAAAAAGGAUCUCAAUCCCAUUGUCACCU